CCUGCAUGCCUGGAGGAAUAUUACAGCUUUGGCAGUCGGCUGGGGAAGGUCUGACACACUCGCACAUAGCUUCAGGGCAGGCGCAACCAGGAAGUAGGAGGGAGAAGGAGGGUGCGCUUAGUGGAUGGGGCCUACAGGGACAACCAGGCAGCUGUUGCGGCCCUGACCUCUUGCCCCCCGUGCCCAGGAGAAGCGGGACCCUCGCGUGAGAGGCAGCGGUGCUUUGGGACCCUCCAGACAGCCCUGGCUUCCAAGGUGGGCAGAAAGGGAGUGAUGUUCCGGCUUUAGCUACCCCACUGCUGCCACCGCCGCUGCUCAAAAUGAUGUCCGGACUGCCGGAGGCGCUGAGCCGGCUGAGGGCGAACUCUCUGCGCAGCUGCUUCAGCCUGGCGGGGCCCUCGGAGUCCACCAUGGUGGCAGUGCCCAUCGACAUCGACAAGGACGAAGUCCGGAUCCUCAAGGUCUGCUUCCACAGCAACAGCUUCAACAUGGGGAAGAACUUCAAGCUGGUGAAAUGUACCGUCAUGACCGAGAUCAGGGAAGUGAUCAAGUCGAUCCUACAGAGCGGGAGGAUUGGUCCGGACAUCCAGCUCGCCGAGUGCUACGGAUUACGCCUGAAGCACGUGAAAUCGGACGAGAUCCACUGGCUCCACCCGGACCUGACGGUGGGGGAAGUCCAGGACAAGUAUGAGAGUCUGCACAUUGAAGCCGAGUGGAGGUACGACCUCCAGAUCCGCUACCUCCCGGAGGACUACGUAGAACGCUUCCAAGAGGACCGGACGACGCUCCUGUACUUCUACCAGCAGCUCCGGAGCGAGUACAUGCAGCUGUAUGCCAGCAAAGUGAGUGAGGGCAUGGCCCUUCAGCUGGGCUGCCUGGAGCUCAGGAGGUUCUACAAGGACAUGCCUCACAACGCUCUAGACAAGAAAUCGAACUUCGAGUUCCUAGAGAAAGAAGUGGGUCUUGAUCUGUUCUUCCCAAGGCAGAUGCAGGAGAAUCUGAAGCCCAAGCAGUUCCGCAAGAUGAUCCAACAGACUUUCCAGCAGUAUGCCCUUCUGCGGGAAGACGAGUGCAUCUUGAAGUUCCUCAGCACUCUGUCCACCAUAGCCAACAUUGACCAGGAGAGCUACCGCUGCGACCUGAUUCAAGGAUGGUGCAUCACAGUAGACCUGGUGAUCGGGCCAAAGGGCAUCCGGCAAAUGACCAGCAAAGAAGCAAAGCCCACGUGCCUGGCCGAGUUCAAGCACAUCAAAUCCAUAAAGUGUUCAGCCGCAGAGGAAGGAAAAGCUCUCUUGCAGCUGGGGCUUACGGGGAACCCCCAGUCCUUGGCAAUCAAAACAGCCUCUCUUGCCGAGGCGGAAAACAUGGCGGACUUGAUCGAUGGCUACUGCAGGCUGCAGGGGGGGUUGGACACCUCUCUCAUCGUCCGUCCCAACAGAGACAAUGAUAAGAGGAUCAGCCUGCCCCAGGUCCCAGUACAGCACAUAGAGGAGAGGAGGUCCACGCUGAGAGAGAGCUUCAGUGGUGAUUCUGAUAUUUAUGCCGAAAUUCCAGACGAAGCAUCCCGGCCGAAAUCUGGAGCUCAGCAGUUCGUGAUCUCCAGGGAAGAUGUGGUCCUGGGCCGGAUCCUUGGAGAGGGUUUCUUCGGCGAGGUCUACGAUGGCAUUUACACCAACGAGAGCGGAGACCGGGUCAGCGUGGCCGUCAAGACCUGCAAGAAGGACUGUACAGCUGAGAACAAGGAGAAGUUCAUGAGCGAAGCAGUGCUGAUGAAGAAAAUGGACCACCCCCACAUUGUGAAGCUAAUUGGCAUCACUGAGGAGGAGCCCACCUGGAUUGUGAUGGAGCUUUACCCUUACGGAGAGCUGGGACGCUACCUGGAGCAGAACAAGGCGUCGCUGAAGGUGCAGACCCUCAUCCUCUACACCUUGCAGCUCGGCAAAGCCAUGGCCUACUUGGAAGCCAUCAACUGUGUGCACAGGGACAUCGCUGUCCGGAAUGUACUGGUGGCUUCUCACGAGUGCGUCAAACUGGGAGAUUUUGGGCUCUCCAGAUACAUUGAGGAUGACGAGUAUUACAAAGCCUCGGUGACUCGCCUACCCAUCAAGUGGAUGGCCCCAGAGUCCAUCAACUUCCGCCGAUUCACCUCUGCCAGCGACGUUUGGAUGUUCGCCGUCUGCAUGUGGGAAAUCCUCAGCUACGGGAAGCAGCCCUUCUUCUGGCUGGAGAACAAGGACGUGAUCGCGGUGCUUGAGAAGGGAGACCGCCUGCCCAAGCCCGACGCCUGCCCCCCCAUCCUCUACGCUCUGAUGACCCGCUGCUGGGAUUAUGACCCCAGCGACAGGCCCAAGUUCAAAGAGCUGGUCUGCAGCUUGAGUGACGUUUACCAGAUGGAGAAAGAGAUUGCACGGGAGCAAGAGAGGAACAACCGCCACCGGCCCCCCAAAAUCAUGGAGCCCCCCUCUUCGCAGGAGCCCCCUCCAAAGCCAAGCAGACCAAAGUACAAACCGCCCCCCCAGACCAACCUGCUGGCCCCCAAACUGCAAUUCCAGGUGCCCGAGGGUCUGUGUGCCAGCUCGCCAACGCUCACCAGCCCCAUCGAGUACCCGUCUCCCGUCAACUCCUUGCACACCCCGCCGCUCAACAGGCACAACGUCUUCAAGCGCCACAGCAUGAGGGAGGAGGACUUCCUCCGGCCCAGCAGCCGAGAAGAAGCCCAGAAGCUCUGGGAGAUGGAACGGGCCAAGAUGAGGCAAAUCCUGGACAAGCAGCACAAGCAGAUGGCAGAGGACUACCAGUGGUUGCGGCAGGAGGAGAAGGCCCUGGACCCCAUGGCGUCUGUGAACAGCCACACCUACCCCCCAAAACUCCCCGAGAAGGAGGCAGGAUACAAUGGCUUAGCUGAGUUCACAGGACCACCCAGGAAGCCGCCCAGACUUGGACCUCAGUUCUCGCUUCAGCCAACCCCCACGGCCAACCUGGACCGGACGGAUGACGCUGUGUACGGCGACGUCAUGGACCUGGUGAAGGCUGUUCUGAAGCUGAAGAACGAGGUCAGCAACCACCCGCCAGAACGCUACAUCCUGGUUGUGAAGGAUGUGGGCCUCUCCCUUCGGAAGCUCAUCGGGAGUGUGGAUGAAGUCCUCCCGGCUCUGCCUGCCUCUUCACGCACUGAGAUUGAAGGCACCCAGAAGCUCCUCAACAAGGACCUUGCCGAACUGAUCAACAAGAUGCGCUUGGCUCAGCAGAACGCCAUGACGUCCCUGAGCGAUGAGUGCAAGCGCCAGAUGCUGGCCGCCUCGCACACUCUGGCCGUGGACGCCAAGAACCUCCUGGAUGCUGUGGACCAAGCCAGGAUGCGAGCCAACCUAGUGAAGGUCUCCUUUGAGUGACCCAGAGGGCUGGCUUCCUUUUUAAAAGAUGAAUGAAUACGUAGCCCCCUCCAAGCUUCCCUGCGCUGUCUCCACCUUUGCCCUGCCAUAACACGCUCGUGUCUUUGAUUUCGUCGCGUCUGUCUUCCGAGAACGAAGGAGAAGGGACUCUAGGGGAGAGCCGUCUGCGUGUGAGGCAGGGGAGGGACUUCCUUCCUCUGCCCCAUAGAUCAUGCUGCUAAGGGGGACGCAGGACCCCAGUCCUAGGGGGGCAGUUCAGACCUGUCAAGGGGUCCUGAGCCUGCACCAUUAGGGUCCCAGGCCUGUAGGUGUGCAGGCGUCGCUGUGUACAGACUGAUUUCUUUGCCAGUAUCUCUGGCGCCAAGGUGUCUCAUUGGUCAAGGGGGUCAAAGGCGGGGAGCAGUGGGGUGACCCAUGAACCUCACUGGCACCCUUCUCCGGAUAAGCCAGAGGAACGGUGGCAGGCCAGGCCACUUCUGGGUUUCUCCCAAGGGUCCUGAAGACCCAGUCCUGGGAGAAAAAGCUUGCUAGGUCACUUUGGUGAGGGACAUUCCCAAGGUGGCCCUUAGAGGAGGCUGUCUCGUGUCUUUGUACAUUGUAUAGAAACAUUUAUUUAAUGGCCAUGUACGAACUGUAUGCGCAACCUCACACCCCAGGGGGGGAAAAUACCCUCUCUCAUAGGCCAAAUUCCUUUGAAUUUGGGGUGGAGUUUGAACACGUCUCCCUCUGAACGAUGGAGAUCCAAAAGGGGCUCUUUUUUAAAAAAUGGAUUUGUCACGAAGGUAUGUACCAACCAACACAUAACUGUGUAAACCACAACAGAACCGCACAUGGCAUGAUUGCUACGAAAAGCAAAUUGCAGAAAAGCAGUUCCAUCUCGUAAAGUUUCAAAGAUGGUUCUGUGUAACCCAGCCUUGUUCUCCCUAUUUAUAUAAUCCAGAAAUGAAGAACAAUCCUCAUAAAAACUAUUUGAUUUAGUUUUGCCCCAGACUACACUUCUACGUCUGACCAGACUUUCAGAUAAAGCCAUAUUCCAUGCAUUAGUCAACCAUGCCUCCUGAUAAGGAACUUUCAAUGAUUUCUAUUACAAAUCUGGCUGCUGAUCGUAACAUAAGCGCUAGAUUUUUAUAAGUGAUAGGAGUUGAAUUUGGGACGGAGCUUCAAUGUCUCUCCAAAUGGAGGAGACUUUAAAAGUUUCCUGUUCCAGCAAAAACAAAAACAAACAAACAGGGAACUUUGAGGGAUCUCAAGUAUUCUGGCUCCAAUCCUCUGUACGCUUACCUGGGAGUAAGUGCUACUGAAGUCACUGGGGCUUCUGAGUAGAUUGCACUGUAACAGGCUGAUGCGGACACCAGCUUUCAUGUCUGGAGUCGCCUAGGCCAUAAUAAAUCUGUUAGUCUUAAAAGUUCAGCAAAACUCACUUGGGGGUGUUUUAUAUUGAUAGCUCCAAUUACAAUUCCAAGCAACAAUGCAGAUUAUUGACAGGGGAGACACAUGCAAACUCAACACCACCUACAAACACAGAUUAGAGAUUUGAUGCUGUGAAGACUGAAUCUUUGCCACUGAGUCAGAGCUUAAAUGGGAGGUUUUGGUCCUUCUAUGGCAGAGUUUGAAAUUAAACACGCCCUGACAAUGUUGGGGCUCACGUUUUGCUUCUGGGAUGGGAGUUUUGCUGGAAACACCCAGGUCUGGGAGGACGAAAAGCCAUUGAUGUAUUUUUUGAAACUCCCAUAAUAUUGAAUCCCUUCCUGGAAUUUUGAUUCUUGUUUUACUUUUGUACCUAAGAAACAGGCCAGGCCAGCCCGGCCAGCCUCAGCUUCUUUGUAAUAUUAUAUUUGUGUGUUAAAACGGCAAAAGCAGCAGGAAUUUCUCUGUUUGAUAUGUGGUUUUUUUUUUGACCUGAAAAUUGUACCGUUUUAUGGCUUUUGUCAUUCAUCAUAACAAAGCCAUUGUUUUGCCUGAGAUAAAUGAGGUACAACAUG